GGGUUAUCAAGGAAGCGGAAUCUGAAAAGCCCAGGGAACCGAGUGCAGGUAGAGCAACUUUUCUGCAAUAAAGGUCAAAGCUGCCACAGUGGCUGCUUCUCCCCUCCCGUGAGGAGGCACCAAGGCCUGCAGAAGGACUGGUGAACUGAGAAACCAAGCUCACCUGGCCACUAUUGCCCUGAACUGCCAGGAACCUGAGAAGAUGAAGGCAUCCUUGGUUCUUUCCCUCCUUGGCUACCUAGUGGUUCCAAGUGGCGCUGCUAUCAUGGGGCGCUGCGUGGUGGCUAAGAAGCUCAAAGAUGGAGGCCUGGAUCAUUUCGAGGGCUACAGCCUUGCAAACUGGGUGUGCCUGGCUUAUUUUGAGAGCAAGUUCAACCCCACGGCGGUCUACGAGAACCUCCAACGUGACUACACUGGCUACGGCCUCUUUCAGAUCCCCAACCGUGACUGGUGCGACACGGGCAAGAACCGCUGCCACAUGUCCUGCUCUGCUUUACUGAAUCCAGAUUUGAAGAAGACAAUUGAAUGUGUUAAGAAAAUCGUAAAAGAUAAGGAAGGGUUGGGAGCAUGGCCCUCCUGGUCCCUGAACUGCCAGUACUCAGACACUCUGGAACGGUGGUUGGAUGGAUGCAGGCUGUAGCCGCAGGGGUGGCCCUGACGCCAUUCUCUGGUGGUACCUUCCAAAUGAAGAUGCUUUUCUGUUUGCUGCCUUCAUGCAAUCCUGUUGAUUAUCUCUCAGCUUGACAGCUCCAUCAGAUGGAAAAGGACGAAAGUUUGCUUCCUCCAGGGAUGCGGGAUGUAGAAUAAACCAGCUGCUUACUCAACCUGGA